GCACUUACGGGAGAUGGCGGCCAAUGAGACCGUGCGCAAUGGGGCGGCGCUGUUAGACCCAAGUUCGCCUCCUACCUCUCUGAUCAUUACGAUGCCGGUGUGGGUACACAACUCCUGGGUCUGCCUCUUCGGAGCCAUGCUCGCCAUAUCCAUUGGAGGGAACGCUAUUGUCAUAUGGAUUGUUGCAGCUCACCGGCGAAUGCGCACCGUAACCAAUUACUUCUUGGUGAAUUUAUCGUUCGCUGAUUUGAUGAUGUCAUCUUUGAAUUGCCUCUUCAACUUUAUAUACAUGUUACACAGUGACUGGGUGUUCGGGGUGCAAUAUUGCAAAUUAAGUAACUUCAUCGCGAACGUGACAGUGGCUGCGAGCGUGUUCACCCUGACGGGGAUAUCGUUUGACAGGUACCAAGCGAUCGUGCAGCCAAUGAGGCCAAGAAUGUCUAAGACGUGCUCUCUCAUCAUGAUAAUGGGAAUCUGGGCGUGUGGAAUGCUACUGGCCAUCCCAUGUCUAUUGUAUUCUACCACUAAGGAGUAUAAAUCAAAAGGAAAACUCAAAACAGCUUGCCUACUUUCAUGGCCGGAUGGGUUGCCAGAUGUCUCAUACCUGGAUUUUAUGUACCAAGUGCUUUUCUUUAUCGUGACGUACGCAGUCCCAAUGCUGGGAAUGACGUACUUCUAUUCAGCCAUGGGAAAAGUGCUGUGGGGUUCCCGGUCUAUUGGGGAACUGACACAACGUCAGUUGGAUUCUAUACGCUCAAAACGAAAGGUUGUGAAGAUGUUUAUUCUUGUGAUAAUUAUCUUCGGGAUUUGUUGGCUGCCAUAUCACACCUACUUCAUCUAUACACACUUCAACCCGUCGGUGUUGUAUGUGAAAUAUAUACAACACGUAUAUCUCGGGUUCUAUUGGCUAGCAAUGGCCAAUGCGAUGGUUAAUCCUAUAAUCUAUUAUUGGAUGAACGCUAAGUUCCGGUCAUACUUCCGUACGGCGAUAUUCUGCAGGUGGCGUGACGCCUGCAUCAGACGCAAGCCGGCGCUGCCAGAGUCUCCGCCAGAAUGCGUCUCCCAGUCUGGCAGCAGAUCCCGAUCAGGUUUUUACUCGUUAACGUAUAGAGGCGCUAAUCGGGUCAAGAGGAAAUGCAGUGGCCGAAUGGCCGCAUACGUAUCGGGAGCAGAACCGGCCGCCGAGACCGCUUUUGCCUGCUAG